GGACUGCGUGCAUCCACGAGCGGCUACCCUCUGCAGUACAUGAGAUAAUCUAUGCGUUUGGCUGGUCCAAGUGUGGGAUGCUCCUGCUCUGUGUGGAGAGGUCUAGAGUGAUAGGCUGCUGAGAGAGAGAAAUGCUAAAGGAAUUAUCUGAUUUAUGAACAGAAAAGGUCACUACCAACCUCUUUUUCUUGUCCCGUGGAGAAUUUUUCCAAUCCUGUGCUCUAUAAUAUUUAUGACACCACAAAGGCGUGAAUUUAUUCCGGUCACGUCGGGCGCUGACAGCCGGCUGUCCUGGAGCGCUCUGGAGUGAAUCGGCGAGAGACAGCGCAGCGCGCGGACACCUGCAGUAGAAUGUAGCGGGAAUUCCCCUCAUAAACCAGUGCAAGGUGAAUCGUAGAGAAAGAACAGAACCUGUCAGUCAUUUUCAGAGCUGUCUUCAGUGCCUGGCCAGAGAGCGAGAGAGCGAGAGAGCGAGAGAGCGCGGAGCAUGGGCUGGCGAGGCGAUCGCCGUUGAUAUGUAUGAAAGAGUGCUGCUGUGUCCAUGGAGACCGAAGGCUACAGCGACCUCCUGGAGACCAGCGACGGGCAGGGGGCCGGCCUCCUGGAGGGAGGGGGUGUGGGUGGGUUGGAACCAGAAUGGAGCGCACCGUAUCCCCUGGGUUUCCAGGUGUCGCUGACCACUGUGCUCAUGCUGGAGCUGGUGCUGGGCUUCAGCAGCAACCUCACCGUGUUGGUCCUCUACUGCGCCCAGUCCAACCUGGUCGACUCGGUCAGUAACCUGGUCACGGUCAACCUGCACGUGCUGGAUAUUCUGGUGUGUGUGCUGUGUCUGCCGCUGACCGUGGCCAUUAUCCUACUGCCCAGCGAGGGCGGUGGGGAGGGUCUAGCCACGCUGUGCUGCUUCCAUGAGGCCUGUGUGACCUUCACCAGUGUAGCCACAGCCGUCAACGUGUUGGUCAUCAGCCUGGACCGCUACGACAUCUCGGUGCGGCCUGCCACCCGCCUACUCACACCCCGACGUGCAGCGCUGCUGCUGGCGGCUGUCUGGGCGCUGUCGCUCGCCGUCUUUUUCCUGCCCUUCCUGGAAGGAGACUUCUUUUCCUCAGGGGUGGAGGAGGAGGAAGGGAACGAGGGAGGAGAGACCGCAGAGGGGGACAGCACCGUGUCGACGGGUCUACCCACCAGACUGGCUCCCACGCUUCUUUCCUCCCCCUCGCCCUCUUUUUCCUCCAUCCUCUCGUCCUCCUCCUUCAAGUCGUCAGGCCACCUGCCGCUGGAGUGGCAGAACCGGACUCUGCUGUGCGCGGGCGGGCAGGGCUACCACACGGGCAUGGCCAUGUACUACCACCUGCUGCUCCAGGUGCCCUGCUUCUUCAUAGCAGUGGCCGUCAUGUUGUUUACCUACUCCCGUAUCCUGCAGGCCCUCAACAUCCGCAUCGGCACCCACAUGAUGCGUGGUGGGGUGGCCGGACGCUCCAAAGACUCAGGCUGCAGGGUGAGGCGACGACGACGGAAGAGGAAGGACCUGAGUCUAGGAACCACCGCCGCAGAGACGGCCUCCUCCAGCCAAACCCAGCACCUCACCCACGCACCCCUCAUCCCCACACCCACACCUGCCUCACCCCCGCCCCUGUCCAUCAUCACCCAGGUCACUUCUGACAGCGGGGCUACAGGUAUCACCACCGCUGCCACCACCCCUGUGGCUACCACGCCCGCCACCCCUGCCCCGCAGACCCCAGACCAAGCCCCAACCGCGGUCCCUCAGACCCAGACCAUUUCCCCACCCCAACCCCAGGCCCAGCCCCAGCCACCGGCCUCCUUGGGUGUUCAGGCAUCAGUGUCAGCCAUUAUCGCCCUGAGGCGGGCGGUGAGGCGCCACCGGGACCGGCGGGAGCGCCAGCGGCGGGUCUUCAAGAUGUCCCUCAUCAUCAUCUCCUCCUUCCUGGGCUGCUGGGCUCCCCUGUCGGCGGUCAACGUGCUGAUCCUGGCGCUGGGCCCCAGCGAUGGCCUGGUCCGGGUGCGCCUCUGCUUUCUGGCCAUGGCCUACGGCACCACCAUCUUCCAUCCCCUACUCUACGCCUUCACCAGGCAGAAGCUGCGCCGUGCGCUGAAGACCCGGGUCAAGAAGAGGGUGGUGUCUCUGCUGCAGGUGGACCCGGCACCAAGCGGGGGAACUGUCAUCCACAACUCCUGGGUGGAGGGGGGAGGACAGAGGAAGGCACGCAAGCCGCGGGUGGAGGCCAGCGAUGCCACAGACCGAUGCCUCACGGAGGCAGUGAGGGAGUGAGGCUAUUUGUGUGUGUGUGUGUGUGUGUGGGUUGAGUGUUGAUGAGAGGGAGUGUGUGUUGAGUCAUAAGAGUGAGAUAUUCAGUGAUAGAAGCUAUUCGUUUACAACGGUCACAGGAGCCAUGGUUGUCAUCUCUAAAAGCAGGUCAGCCCAGGGGUCCAAUUAGAGGCUGCUCUCAACAUACUGCCUCUAAUUAGAAGCCCAGCCCAGCAAGAUGGCCACCGCCAUCUCCAUUGCAUCGCCUACUGGCAAUAGGUGAUAUUACUGCUACCACACUUAAAAAAACACAUCUUUGCAAAAGAACACUAACACUAACACUGUAAAAACACUGUCAUGCCCAUGCGCGUACACAAACACAUACACAUAUCCUUAAUGCACAUAGUUAAUGUAGUGUUAGUCAUCCUCUGUGAAAGCACAUAAGACCUACUGACCCAGCACACCAAUUAUUCUCAGUGAGAAUCACUGUCAAGUCUGUAUAGUUUGAUUAGUCAUGCCUUAAUUCAGUUCUUUGUUGGUACUCAGUGGAGAUGGUGCUGAAUGUUGUGUUGGUUUUACAAGAAUAAGCAUAAUAAAAGUAUAAGCAAGAGUGUGUGUGCGUGCGUGCGUGCAUGAGUGUGUGUGUGUGUGUGUGUGGUAUAAUGUGCAAUAAAUCUCAAGGAAUGAUUGAGCCUCAUUGGAUGUAAACUAAGAAUUGGUUUGUUUUUAGCUUGAAUUGCUAAAGCUAUGGGUGACAACAUCUGUUGAUUGCAGGCAGUUAGCUUUGUCAUGUCGUAUUAGUCGACAUGGUCAACAAACAAAUCAUAUGGCGCAACUGUAACUAUGUGAAUAUUACAGUAUGGAUAUACUGAAAUCUCUCUUCAAUUUUACUGAGGUCAUCAAAGGGCAAUAUUUAGCAUCAGUCCCUCCAACUAUCCAUAAGUGGGGCAUGCAAUCCGCAAUUUUAACACAAAACAACGUUUUACAGUAAACAAGAGGUCGCUUUUCGAUGUCAGUGUUAAACAUACAGGACAGAACAUUGCGAAUUUGUAAUUUGUGUUUAGAGUCUAUUGGAGGGCAGUGUGGAGGGCAGCACUGUGGACCAUCAGAAGCUCCAGAGUUAGACAGGGCUGGCACCAUGCAGCUGUUCUGGAGAAGUCCUGUUUCUUUUCUAUCUCUGUCAGCCUCCUCCUCAGGGCUUUCUAUCUCUGUAUCGCCACACCAGCCCUCAUCUAGUCAGUAUAAAUGGUGUUAGAUAUAGAAUCAUAAUGUUACUCUACAUGUUUAUUAGAAACACUUUGUUUAGACGAUGGCCUCCUGAAUGAGCUACGGGGGCUUUGGGCUACAUCCACUGCUCCUCUUAACCAGUUGGAGCCAGCCAGAAGAAAAGACAUCCUGUGUAUUUAUAUAUGUACAUUUUAUCAGGGAUGUAAAUAUUGAAUUAUCCAGCUAUGGAGGGUUUGAGUUGUAGAAGUGAGUUGUUUGGUCACAAUCAUCUGCUGGCCAGAAUCCUGAGUGGGUGGGACACGUGAUGAGAUCACACUUAAUGUAUUUGUGUUAAUGUAUGUGUGUUCUGUUCUGUACAUUUAUGACCAUGUGAAUAGAGAUAUAGUAUUGUACAUGAUUUCUAUUGUGUCACCAAAAUUGUAUUUCUUAAUAGAGAAGAACAAAGUCUGUAUUAAAGAAAUUG